CGAAUUAUUGGCUGUUUCCGGUAAGACUGAAACAUGGCGUCUUUCCGCCUCAUGUCUCAACUCUGACUAGAGGAACUCUACUCGCGCGCGCGGCGCGGCACCGUCGCGCAUCACGCGGCGCAAUACCGCAAUAGCGGAGAUUGCGGGAUUUUCCCAAUUCUAACCUAGAAGAGAGAGCCAGGUCGCGAUUGUGAGUGUACCGCGCGAAUCGUCGGGCGGAAUCGUCUCCUCGUGAUUUCUCCGACGUUCCUGGGGCGCAAGGCGAUGUGUCCCAGCUCGGGGCAGGUGUAACGAUAACCGGGUCAAGGAGGGGCGGAACGGGAGAGGAGAAGAUUCUGAUCGCCGUAAGAAUUCGUAGUGUUAAUGUUUGCGUACGCGAGGAAGCCCGUGAGAAAUAUGAAGAUGCGCUUACAGUUCUACACGUGUAGCGACCGUAUUGCUGGCGCGUGUGAUUCUGAUAAAGUGCGUUUGACGUGAGACUGCGAGCACUGGCUGGGCGCGCGGGCGGGUAAUAACAUCGUGAUAAUAACAAAUUAUUGUUAUUUUCGGCAAUCGAUAUAUCGAUAUUGCAUUAGAAAGCCCCGCUUUUGUUCGCCAAAAGUAUGAGCGCCGAGGAGAGACUUGUCACCGAGGUGCCCAGUAGCCUGAAGAAAUUGGCACGUCUCGUCGUACGUGGGUUUUACACGAUAGAGGAUGCUUUAAUUGUGGAUAUGUUGGUCAGGAAUCCAUGUAUGAAGGAAGAUGACAUUUGUGAAUUGCUUAAGUUCGAACGGAAGAUGCUGAGAGCCAGGAUAUCCACGUUGCGAAAUGAUAAAUUCAUUCAAGUGAGAUUGAAGAUGGAGACUGGGUCGGAUGGCAAAGCACAGAAAGUCAACUAUUACUUUAUUAAUUAUAAGACGUUUGUAAAUGUGGUGAAGUAUAAACUCGAUUUAAUGAGAAAGAGAAUGGAGACCGAGGAGAGAGAUGCAACUAGUAGAGCUAGCUUUAAGUGUCCAAGUUGUUUAAAGACAUUUACCGAUCUCGAAGCGGAUCAACUUUUUGACAUGAGAACCGGCGAGUUUAGGUGUACAUAUUGUCGGGAGAUAGUGGAAGAAGAUCAGUCUGCUCUUCCAAAGAAAGAUUCCAGAUUAUUAUUAGCAAAGUUCAACGUACAGUUGGAGCCGCUCUAUAUACUAUUGAGGGAGGUAGAGGGGAUCAAAUUGGCGCCUGAAAUACUGGAACCGGAACCCAUUGAUAUCAAUACUAUUCGAGGUAUCGACACGAGAAAACCGAGCAGUCUUAGAGCACCCAGCGAACAAUGGUCGGGUGAAGCUACCAGAAUGUCGGGCUUCAUGGUGGAGGACACUAGAGUGGACGUUACCAUUGGAGACGAGUCGCCCGAUGACAACGCAUCGAAUCACAGAAAGGAGAGACCGAUAUGGAUGAUGGAGAGCACAGUCAUCAAUUCCGAUGGUUCACAGCCUGACGGCGUGAAUACGCAAGAUAGCAUCUUGGACAAAGCCGCAGCCACUGCCACGAACACGACUACGACGAAUAACAAGCAGGGCGAGGACAUUAUGUCGGUGUUGCUGGCGCACGAGAAGAAGGGCGGCACCAAUUCCGCGGCGUCCAUCAAAGCAGCGCUUCCACAGGAAUCCAGCGACAGCAGCGAUAACGAGGAGGACACGGAAAUGCAGGCAAUUGAUACCGGCGAGGUGGAGGCGAUGGAUUCCGAGGACGAUGAACUGGUGCCGACCGUGAGUGUCGGCGGCAAGACCGUCGCGAUCACCGACGUCAACGACACGCUGAUCGCGGAAAUGACGCCCAUCGAGAAGGAGUCUUACAUCCAGACGUACCAGGAAUAUUACUCGCAUAUGUACGACUAGAUGAAGAACAACGAGAGAGUCGUCUUCACAAUGCUCUGCAUAAGACUGAUAUUGAUUUGGUAUCGUUGUUCCCUGUAAUAUUUUGUAUAGCCACACAAAAUAUGUAUACAUAUAGAUAUAUAUAAUUUUCGAUAAAGAUGCGAUGAUGUUUCGUAGCGACAUAGCAAUCCUGACGGGAUCAUCCUGUACGUAUUUUUCUGUGUCGAUAAACAUAGCGUGUAUUCGCAUGUAGCGAUCUAAAGGAAUUAACUGAUUUGAAAAGAGAAAAGAUAAAGGUGCGUUUUUACAGUUUCAUAUGUAUUUUCUAAUAUAAUUGCAACUGAACAGUACCUCGUCAAUCAAUAGUUCUAAUAAAUAAACAAUUGAAUCUGUGGAGUACCGUAAAACAUAAGAAAUUAAUUGGGACGAAUAAUAUACCAUGUCACUUCUGGUAAGACGGGAGAUUCUUAAACUUAACUAAACGUGAAUUAUUAUUAACCUCUAGAGGACGGGAAGUCGAUUUAUCGGCUCUGAAGCGGUCUCGGCUUUUUUUUCAUAGAUCAUUACUAUGCCAUAUAUCUCGAAAGUUUUAAAUUGAAAACUAUAGAAGUUGUCCAAAAACCAACCCGUCCUUUAAAGAUUAAAGCUUACUUGAUAUUCUUUUUUUUUUGUUCGUCUCGUAACGAAUUUCUGUCCAACCACCACCAUUGCACAGAAAUUCUGAGACGACCUUUUUUACACUUAGUU